GUGCGCUUAAAAAAAAAAAGGUUGCCUUUACGUCAGGUUACCAGGGAGACCAGAGACGGGCACGCGCCCUGCAUAUAAAAAGGCGGCGUCUUGCGGAAGCUGCGCAGUGUAGCUGCAGCAUCACGAGCAGAGCCUGAGGUUUCAACUCUACAGCAAACGACCCAAUAAUCUGAAAUCAUGUCCAACCUUUGUGUCGGAAUCAACGGAUUUGGCCGUAUCGGCCGCCUGGUCCUCAGGGCCUGCCUGCAGAAAGGGAUUAAAGUCACUGCCAUCAACGACCCCUUCAUUGACCUGCAGUACAUGGUCUACAUGUUCAAGUACGACUCCACCCACGGACGCUACAAGGGGGAGGUGCGUCAGGAGGGCGGCAAACUGAUCGUGGACGGACAGGCCAUUUCCGUCUUCCAGUGUAUGAAGCCUGCUGAGAUCCCAUGGGGCGACGCUGGUGCUCUGUACGUGGUUGAGUCCACUGGAGUUUUCCUCAGCAUUGAGAAAGCUUCUUAUCACAUUCAGGGCGGAGCCAAGCGUGUGGUAGUCUCCGCCCCCUCCCCCGACGCCCCUAUGUUUGUGAUGGGAGUCAACGAGGACAAGUACGACCCCUCCAGCAUGACCAUCGUCAGCAACGCAUCCUGCACCACUAACUGCUUGGCUCCUUUGGCCAAAGUCAUCCAUGACAGCUUUGGUAUCGAGGAGGCUCUGAUGACCACAGUCCACGCCUACACCGCCACCCAGAAGACGGUGGACGGCCCCUCUGCCAAGGCGUGGCGCGACGGCCGUGGUGCUCACCAGAACAUCAUCCCCGCCUCCACAGGAGCUGCCAAGGCUGUGGGCAAAGUCAUUCCAGAGCUGAACGGGAAGCUGACCGGCAUGGCGUUCCGCGUCCCCGUGGCCGACGUCUCCGUGGUGGAUCUGACCUGCCGCCUCUCCACCCCUGCCAGCUACGCUGACAUCAAGGAGGCCGUCAAGAAGGCUUCUCAUGGAUCUCUGAAGGGAAUUCUGGGAUACACAGAGGACUCUGUCGUAUCCUCCGACUUUGUUGGAGACACCCACUCCUCCAUCUUCGAUGCCGGUGCCGGGAUUUCCCUUAACGACAACUUUGUUAAGCUGAUUUCCUGGUAUGAUAACGAGUUCGGUUACAGCCACCGCGUCGCCGACCUCUUAAUGUACAUGCACUCCAAGGAGUAAACGUCUGGCCGAGGAACCCGGACGAGAACCGCAUUCCUUCUUUUACAUGCACUUAUGAGUCAUAGCUGAAGCACGAGCAUCCCACAAAGUCUCUACAAGACCAGCUAGUCUCUGUAGUGAUCAGUGUGUGUGCGAGUGUGUGUGAGUGUGUGUGUGUGUGUGUGUGUAUGUUAGUGUGUUGUUCCUUUCUCCCAGAGGUGCUUUUGAGUUGAGCAGUAUUUGUGUCUGUGUCACUUAAUGAAGCGUUGCUGUAGAUGUUCCCAUACUGGAUGUUCCUGUAAUAACGCUGUAAUCAGAUCGACGGUUUAAUGUCAACAGAGGAAAAUUAAACACUUUAAAAAGAAACUAACAUCAAAUAAAUAGUUUGAAAAAUA